GGGCGCGCGCGCGCGCGUGUCAGCAUCCUCCCCCCUCCCUCCGCCGUCUCCAGCAGUAUGCCCGUCAUUCUAAGCGGAAGCAGGCGCUACCAUUUUGAAACACAGCACAGUCUGGCGCCAUGAACAAAGGUAACACCGUAAAGCUCUUUGUGGGCAACUUGGCGCUGGACACCACCCAGGAGGAGCUGUCUGCCAUCUUCGAACCGUAUGGCCAAGUGGUCAGCUGCAGUGUGCUGCGGCAGUUCGCUUUCGUUCAUCUGCAGGGUGAGGGUGCAGCCGAGCACGCCAUCAGGGAACUCAAUGGACGGGAGUUUCGUGGGCGGAAUCUCGUCGUGGAGGAAUCUAGGGGUCGUCCUUUGCACUCAACAAAAGUGUUCGUGGGCAAUCUAAGUGGAAUGUGCACAACUGAAGACCUCCAGCAGCUUUUUCAGACAUUUGGGAAAGUGCUGGAAUGUGACAAAGUGAAAGGUUAUGCCUUUGUGCACAUGGAGAACAAAGAGGAUGCACUCCAAGCCAUUGAGGCCCUUCAUGGAACUUCCUUUAAAGGGCGCCCCCUGUCUGUGGAGCUUUCCAAGGUCCAGCCGAGCAAACAGACGCCUACAGGAAAAAUCCCCUGCGUAAACUGCGGAAAGCAAGGCCACUAUGCGGGAGAAUGUCCUGUUGGGAAGCCUUCGCUGGAGCAGUACCAGAGUCAAGCUGCUGUGCUGGCAGCUGCUGCGGCAGCAGCUGCUGGUCUGCCAUUACAAGUCCAACAAAGUGUCCACAACUCAGUCUACAACACGUCUACGUUUGACCCCACGUAUGCAGCCCUCACUGGCAUCACCACAGGCACACGCACAGAUGGAAACCCAGUGAAUCCCGCUGUAUAUGGUGCUCUCGCCAGCCAGGUGUAUGGUGCUAAUGUAACCAAUCAGCUCUAUGGAUCUGUGGCUAAUCAGGCAGCUCUUACAACUGGGGCAACACAAGUAUACGGCUCAAUGACUCACAACAUCUAUGGCCAGGUCACUGCAAAUCCAGUGGCGGCUGCUGCAGCCGCUGCCGCCGCUGCCUACACGACCCCAGUUUAUACCCCGACAAUGGCAAACCCCGUCUAUCUGACUGCUGCUCCUGGGUUAGACAUGCAGACUGCAGCGGCCGCUGUCAACCCCACCUAUUCUAUGGCUCCAGCGAUUUAUGGUGCAGCCACCCCAGCCUAUGCUCACAUAAGUGCCAUGGGUACCUCAGACCCCACCACAGCCCUCUUUGAGGCAGCCAGACAGGCCCAUUACUUUGCUCAAGGCCAGAAGGUGGUGGCAGAGCAGCAUUCGGUUGCCGUUGCAACAGCGGCAGCUGUGGCAAAGUCCGGGGAAAGAGAUCGCAGCCCGCUUCGGAGAGCCACUCCUCUUCUACCAGAUCCGGUAAUGAAGCCAUUUAUUUACAAGAGAGCCAAGCCCCGACGCCCACUGCUGCCAACGCCAGCUGGCAGAGCUGCAGAGGAAGCUGUGGAGGUUGCAGAGGACCCUAUGGCCAGGUACUAUGCGGAGUAUUAUCAGCAGCUGCAGCAGUACCCUCAGUUCCAGUAUGCCUACCCAUCUCCCGGUGCAGUGGCCACCCUCCCAGGCAUGCCUGGAGUACAAGCCGUCCCUGCUGUACCUGCUAUGACUGCACAACCGGUUGCCACACUGGACGCCCUCAGGCCUGUGGUUCCCGCCGCGGCUGCCGUAGCAGCCGCCAUGGCUGUGCCCAGGGUGUAUGAGCCGCCGUUGCCGCCGCCCACACGCAAGGAGGCCAUCCUCCGCCGCCCCGAACUCUCCCUUCACACGCCUGAGCCCCCCUUCCGAUAGUCGCACACAACUUUUCGCCUUCCCUCUCUGCCCUAAACCCCAUCCCUGAGCCUCUUGCACCCCCUAAAUCGUCCACUCUCCAGCAGCUGUAUGUGUGUGUGGAUGUGAAUGUGAUGGGUGGGGUUAUGACGCUAGCGAUUUGCUAUUAACCUGCUUUACAUGGGAUCUGCUAACCUUGUUUCUGUUGGCGAACACACUGCAGGUGUUAAGGGAGGCAGUCAUCUGUUGUACGGGCAUUCCUGAGCUCUUCAGUUUUUCUUUUUCUCGUGCCAGUAUCACGCCUUGUGCCAGUAUCCGACUGACUCAGUCAGCCAUUUCAUAUGCCUUUAUUUCUGCAGCCCAGUUAUUGUUUUCAAGGCCAAACCAACACGAAUGCCAUUGGUACUCCUGGGUGAUGCAUUAGGGCAGCUAUUUCCAAACCCUUUGCCUUAUGUUCUAGAGUUUAUAAUAGAAUCAGAUGAGAUAAACGUGUCAUUGAGAGGCUGCGUUGUGUCCAACAGAAUCAAUGUUGAUGCGUUCGAUGGACGUUCGAUGAAUGUGGCGUGGAUGUUCUGGACGAGUGAAAAGAGAGACGUGCAGGCUCCUGACCUUGCAGCGCACAAACACAGCAGCUAAGACUGCACCUUGCAGAAAACCCACAAAGCACACAUACACUAUAUUGUAAUGGAUGUCCUCCGAUGAUCUUGUUUCCUCUCCCAGCCUUUACUUUGUUCGACAACUCUGAAAGACACUGCUUCACCUCCCUGACCUCUUUACAGCCGCCUACCUCUGACAGUACAUUUCAGUGUAGAAAGUAUUCUAUUCCCUCUCUCCAUUCCUUAAAGGUAUAUGGAUGGCAUCUUUAGUGCGGCCAGGCCAGUUUACUUUGAUUAUCCUGUCUUUUAAAAAAAAAGACAGUGUUUUGUCUUGUUUACGUGGUUGUACAAAUGAAACUGAGGUGCAAUAAUUGUACAAGUGUGACUUUUCUAUAAGUGUUUACAAAGAAUGUGCCUAUAAGCUUUUGAGUGAAGUGCAUUACAUAGAAGGAUUUGUUUUUUUGGUGGCUUAAGGACACUUUUAAUCACUAAGUAUGUAGAACGAGACCCUUGGCGCUUUUUAUCCGUACAGCGACAAGGGACGAGGCUUCCAUGAUGACAUUUGAAGGAGUUUUAUUUCACAGGGUCUUUGUAAAGUCACAAAUUUCGUCUCGCAGCCUUGUUUUAGCUGAAGAUUUUCUGUAUUAAAAGACUGUGAUAGCACCGUUGCAGUGAGAAGUGUGGCAGUGUCUUUCAGUUGCCCGGUCACUGUUUCCCCCUCCACCCUCAUACCAGAUGUGCUAUGGAUUGUAAUUGCAAAAAUAUGAUUAUUUUAAAGCAGCACUGCUGAGUUCCAUCCUUAAACUGGAUAGCUACUGUAUGCGGAUCGUUCUCCGGGAGUUAAACAGCAGUGCAUUAUUUUAUCGCACAAUUCCUGCACACAACCUCAACUCUUGGGCAAGCAUAACAUUGUAAUGAAAUCUGUUAACCUAUUAAUGCUAAAAGAGAGCGAGGGGUUUAAACAUGCACUACAUUUAACAGUAUGACAGUUCCCAAUUUUGUUUAGCCAACCAAAGGUCGAUGAAAGGGUGAAUAUGGCCACACGUGGGUUCAAUACCAACAGAUAUCAACCCGUCUUGGAAACUUUAGCCUUAACAGUUUUACGUUUCUGCCAGUUGAGUAUUUUGAAGGAUUGACUUUUCAUUUUGAUCUCCACUUUAUUUCACAGCUGCCAAAAAAUGUAUUUUAUUACUCUACCUCCUUUACUGUGUUUACAUCACCCAAGGUUAUUUGUUUUAUGGGGCCGGCCCAGGCUGGAUGUUUGGUUUGUCAGCGAUCCCUCCAGUGCUGCUCAAUCUGACUGUUAUAUCUGAUCACCGGGGGUCGAAUUCCCUCCGAUCAGUACAACAAGCAGAUUUGACUUAAAAAAAAAUUAUAUGUUUUGCAAGUACUAUCUGACAGCUGCCUGAUGCACACACAGACCUCCCCUUUGAUAAAAACCUGACUGCCUUGCUGUGUCCCCCGCCCCGUCUCCUCUCCCCCUGUGGUUCUAGUGGUAAAGUGCAUCUCAGUGUAAUAUCUCUGUGUCAUAUAUAAACACGUACAAGAUGCAUCCUUUGUAGAAGUAUCCGGUUUGCAGAUUGUCUCGUUCAACAUGUUUGAGACCAUAUUUUUAGAGACGUCGUUCAUUUUUUAGGUAAAUUAAAAAAAAACAAAAAUAGAAAAACCAGCAUGCUUUUUAUUGAGACAAUGUACACUAUAAGCUUUAUCAUAAUAAAGAAUGUUUGGCUGACUACUGUGGUAAAAGCAAGCUAAGGGUUUGGACAUUUCCUAUUCUUGUUUAUGUUUCUUCACUAUCUGUUUUUCUUCCACUAUCUAUAAAAUGGCCACCAGACCCUUUGACUGGGGAUCCAGGGGGAAACAAGUGUAGAUGCUGCCCCAGCUUUGCUCUCUUUGGUCAGGGUAAGUGCGGGUUGGUGCUCUCUUCUCUCUCUCUCUCCAGCUUCUUAAACAGACUUAAAGUUCCACUUUUAUUUGGUGGUAUUUGCCUCUUUCCCCAAAUGGAUUUCCAUAUAAAUUCUGCCAAUAAAGGUUCGGGCAAAAACCUUUGCAGUCCUUAUCCUGGAGUUGGAGAGAGUCACAGAUAGAAUGGCCUGGUGCAUUUUGAUCUGUGGAGCAGUCCUGUCUCUGAGCUUGAUGGGUGUGCGUCUGGUCUAGUCUCUUCCCGCUGCACCGACUUCUCCCCCAUCCGUGUGUCUCUGUGUUCAACUCUCGGACCUGCAUGUGUUGUAGUUUGUAAAUAUUGACCAGCGCCGGCGACGGUCCAGCUUCUGAACUAACUAUCUCAACUGAAUUAGGUCACCUGGAGCGGUGUGAUUAUGGCGACGUGAGCCAUGCGGAUGACUUUUAGCACGACGCCACCGAAGUGGAAACUUGUACUGUCUCGCUGCACCACCAAGGUAAAUGAAAAUCAAAGCAAAUCCCGAAACACUGCCCUCUCCUCCUCCCACCUGCCGUCCGUCUUUUGUGCCUUGCCCAAACACUUCUCCUCCGCCAUCACCCUUCCUUCCCUCCCCACUCUGUAACUCCUACUUCCACUGCAGUAGCAGUGCUCCACCAUGGGCUUCUCGAUGAGGGUAGCGCACGGGGCUGUGCUGGGUUGUCCCAUUCGCAAGGCCCCUUGUGUCCUGCUGGUGUCAAUGUGCGUGUGUUUAGUGUGAGCUUUGAAACAGGCGUGUGAAGACAGUGUAAGUGUUUUGGACUGCGAUCAAUUAACCGUGAAAGCUCCCACGCUCGGCCUGCUAGUCAACUCCUCUCCACCGCCGUCUUCGCCGCCCUCCCUACCCUCUAUUCCUCUCCUUCUUGUCAUCCCUGCCCUGUCGUCCCUAUGCUCCACUUUGCCAUUUACACACAAUGCGUACUCCGCCGACACCGUCGUUGCCACAUUGGAUAUGUGAGCUGAGAUAUCCCAGAAUCACUCACCUGUCCCAACCCCCCCUUCGUCUGUGUUGCCGCUGAGGCCUUGGUGUGCUAGACCCGUGUGUGGUGGCCGUCCACCUCAGCAUCCUGACUGAGAUGUUCUGGUUUGUUCUGGGAUCCUGUUGUCUUGUGUGCAGCCAGUCUUGGGUUGUGUAGAAUUUUCUCACGCGUAGAAUCUAAAUUAUGCGCUCCCUCUGGACUGGUUUUUCUGUUUGGGCAGCUGAAGCUCCUAUCUUGGGAUCAGAAUGGUUCCUGUCGUUUGACAAGCACACGUUCUUACCUGAAGUCACAUAUAAUUACAGUCAUGUGACUCGGCUAUUUGCUUCAAAGACAAAACAAAUAGACCUAAACUUCACAAGCACAAUAACGGAACGUGUAAAAAAAAUGAAUCGGUUAAACAAAAGGACAUUAGAAAACAAACACAUUUGGAUCGUCAGUGGUCAGCAGCAGUAGGUUUUGCUUUCGUUAAAAAAAAUAAAUAUAUAAAUAAACAGCAGUUUUAUUCCAGUAUAUAACACUGCCUAUUGAUACAUGCCAUAACAAUAUUACUUGCUCUUUCAUUUUCACGGCUAUGUGAUUUGCAUCACUCCCAACACACACUUCAGAGCUGAACUUCCAAACUUGGCAGGUAACAGCCGCACCUCAACUCAUGCUAGUUACACUAUUAAACUGUGAAUAUGCCUAUUCAUUUUGACUCAGUAACCUUAGUAGUUAUAAUGUAUGAGGUUACUACUACAAGAAAAACAUCCAUUAAAGUGUGAGAGUAUUUUUGACAACUUGCCAAUAUUUACAUCAUAAACAUCCGUCCAUCAUGUGUACAAAUCCUACUAGUGUACGUGUGUAUUUAAAAAACAAAAAAACAAACAUGAAAUGCAUCUGAGGCGCUCUUGCUCAUCUAAUGCUAACUGAUUGAUAAAUGAAUCAAAAUAAUGUGUUAUGACGUAUCUGUAAAUAAUGAACGAUGAAAAAAAAAAAAUUCGCUGGAGACUUGCUGUUCAACCACAGUCUGGCGUGAAAUUUAUCCAGCCUCUCCAUCUUCCUCACUAAGAGUGUGUGUGAGCUGGGCUUCCUGUGCUCUGGUGAAUGCAGCCAUGCAUCUCUAAGCUGCUGCUCUAAACUGACAGUUGCUCACACUGACAGCCAAAUCCCGCUGCUGCCCUCGUCCAUCCUCAGCACCAGCUUUCUCAUCCAUUCUUUUUGCUUCCUGCGGUGUGGACAACUGAAUAUCUCUAAUCCAGACGCUCUGUAUGCAUACAUCUAUGUUGUGACAGGCUUCUGCAGGUUACAGUUGCUCUCCUGCAGCAGGUACAAAUCCAAGUGUGUUUCAGGAGCACCGAUUUGAGCACAUCCACAGACCACACUAGCGGUCCUGAGCACAGAUGUGAAUUACAAAUUCUUUUAUGUGACUGCACAAUGCAGGGUGGUUUUAAUGAUAUUUUACCUCAUCUACCAUUGCUAUCAUUGUUAUUAUUAUUUGUUAGAAUAAAUGUGAAAUUUAUUUCUUGAUCAUACAUGUUAUAGAACACUGACUUGAAUCACAUUUAAAGGGUCCUUGUUUUUUUCUUUUUUCUGUUGUCAGUGGUCCAUUCUGUUUUUUAAAAUAACUGUAACGACUGGAAUAGCUGAAUUGUGUUCAUUUACAAUUAUUAUUUUCCCACCUAAGCAGCUCCAGUCUUAUAUAAGGACUGCUUUUUAAAAGUGGGUUAACAGGUCAGCCUAGGUGUAGUUACAUUAUAGCGGCUGGUUAAUUAACAAAACCACUAUUCUCAUGUCCAAAGAGACUGAAGGACACAGUUGCGCUAGAGGAUGCUAGACUGCGUCUGAAUCCUUAUUUUAGCACAAAGUUCUUUAAAGCGUCAAUGUUCAAUGUUAGAUUGUUUACUGUAACUGAUGAAUCAUAACCAGAACUGCUGUAAGAUUGUGUCUGCAUAUAAAUGCCUAUCAGUCUGUAUUUUAUUAUGCAUGCUGGUUUAAAUAAAUUGGUCAUUUGCAUUAUAUGAUGUCUGA